GGGCCAGAUAACAUCUUUACGAAAGCCUCUUUAAUGCUGUACUGUUGUCACAAGGAGGGAUUUGUAAACGUUAGAGGCAGUAAAACUAAAAGUAUAACAGUUCAGUUCUGUGGUUUGCAUUGUACCAAAACACUCAACGAAGGAAAAUGUCACUUAUAUAUUUAGUUGAUUCAGAAGUGUGUUUGCUGCGCUGCCAUUAUUGACACUCUGCAUUAGUGUUUCUCUAUUUGAAUAACCCACGUCACUGCGCGACUAUGUGGCUCUUAUCAGGUGACAAUAAGAGUUUAAAAAUGUGGAGUAUUUAAACACCCCUUAAGUACACUGUCAGGGUUACAAAACUGAAGGAAAACCAAAGGUAAAGCAACAAGGAAAGAAUGAAGCUUUUGUCACAGAGGCUGACCUGCCUGUCCUAAAUAUUGGUCUUGGUGUGACCAGCGUACAGUACUGAUAUGAUUACAGGUCACUGCUACGUAUAUAAGAACUACCUGCAAACCAGUGAGGAAUCUCCAACAAGCAUCUUCUCAACAAAUCCUCUGCGUUUUCUCAGUGAAGAUGUUGGCAGCUUUGGCUCUGGUUCUGCUGGUGUUCAGUGUGACUGAGGGACGGAUUCUGAGUAAAUGUGAGCUGAAGGAGCAGCUGGAGGCAGCUCAGAUUCAGCAGAUUAGGGCCAUGGGAGACACAACAACCGUGGACAAACUCAUCGCUAGAUUUGUUUGUAAUGUGGAAAACACUUCCGGCUUCAACACCAGCCUCGUCACCAGCGUCCAGAUCAACCAAGAUGAGAUCAGACCCCCGUUCCAAAUUCCUCCCAAACCAAAAGACAAAAAAACACCAGCAAAGGAAGAAGAUGAUGAGAAAAUGGAAGAGGAACACAUAAUCCCUGUUCAACCACAAAGUCAUCCCAAGGGAAGACGUGGAAGAUCUGUCCCUGAGGGCAAGUCCUUUGAGAUACUGUUACCAGAAAAGGUCCCCGCUGACUUGUCCGGAAGCGGUUCGGAGGCGUUGUCCGAGGAGGACAGCUCCGGAGACAGCUCGGAGGAGGAAGAACGUGAAGAUGUCAUUGCCUGGAACCUGUUGGGAAUCUUCCAACUGAGCAAUCGCGUGGCUUGUGAUUGUGGAUCGAGCGGAUCGCUAAACCUUUGUGGUCUGGAGUGCAGCGCUCUCAUCAAUGAUGACAUCACCGAUGACAUCGCUUGCUUGAAGACUUUGGCGGGAAGCCACGGCAAGUUCAGGGGCUUCAAUCCCAAGAAGAGAUUCCUCACUAAGAUGUUGGCAGUGGUGCUGGUGAAGGAGUGUCACUCUGUCGUUCCUUCUAAGUACUUCGCUGAGUGUUCUUAAAACAUCCCAACGGAUGAAGAUCCCAUUCAACGGCUGGAACAACCAUCUUCACCACUGAAGCUGUUUUUCACAGGUUACAUUUUCACAUGAAAGACCCAUGAACUCAAAAUUGGACCUUUAGUUUAUGUGUCAGCUUUAAGAUCAUUUAUAUUUUAAUGUACUCCUUAAAGGAUUAGUUCACUUUCAAAUUAAAAUUUCCUGAUAAUUUACUCGCCUCCAUGUCAAGAUGUUCAUAUCC